UUCUUACAUACUAGUUGAUUCAAGCAGGAAUUUUUGUAGAAAGUUCUCUUUGAAGAAAUAUUUAAAUAGAAACGAAGGAAUACUUACAUACCGGUAGUUUCGUGAGACAUAUUCCGGAAACUUGCUCAACAGUGAAUAUUUUGGUUUCUACGUAUUCGUGUUGUUCCUACAUAAUCGCGAUUGCGUUGCUUCCUACGCGUCUGUUUCUUGUUUUGCACUCUUUUGGACGGAAAACGACUCGAUUUCAGGAUUGCAAGCAUCUCACAUUAUCACUAAUCUUUGGGACAUUUAAACGUGCAGUCUGAUUACCACAGUAAGUUGUGUGGAAUUAUUAAAUAUUAUUCGUGAAAGACAGUGAAACCGGAUUUCGAAGGACGAGCUCUUUUCAUUCUUUUUUGCAUGUUUUACGCGUUUUUUAAAGACUGAAUAAGGACUGGCUAGUACAGUCUCCUUUUGAAUAAUUCUUGUAUCAUAUUUAUAUUUGCUUGAAAAAAAAAAAAAAGAAAAUCUUUUUUCUUUACGAAAUCUCGAUUCUCGCUUCGAUCUUCCUUAUUUCGACAAGCCAGCCCGUGUUCGCAUUGCUAUUGUCUUAUACUGUUUAAAUAUUUGUCUUUUGGUUACGUUAUUCUUAGACUCAUUGUUUCUUUUUUUUAUUUUUAUUAUUUUAUAUAAAUAUAUAUAUUUAUAAUAUAUAUAUUUCGGUUUUAAUUCUCUGAAAGCAUUGGUUGCGUCUCAUCUUUGCAUUAUUUUCCACCUGUUUCACUCUUUUGUUUCAUUAUUUGGGUACUCUUUCUUUUGCAUCUUUUCGUUCCUGCCUAAUCACUAUUAACUUUCGUCUAUAACGUGCCGUUAUCAUUCAUUUUCUCUGAUGAUUCCCAACGACUUAUUUCCGUAUUCCCAUGCUAAAACACAUCCAACUUCACAACCUCCUGAUCAAAGCUCGUCUGCUGCAGACAUCUUCCCAUAUCAUGCUGGGUCUCUUCCACCACAUGUGAUGAAUACCCCUUCACAAUAUCCUAUGCGACAUAUACCAUCGGAUCGUUCAUUGUAUCCAUCAGAGUGGUCGGGUUCUUCUCAGUUACUCGAUUCAAGUUGUUAUCUUCCCCCGAAGACUGUAGCGAACUCUACCACAAUUUCAAUCGGCUCGCCUCCUUCAGGACAUAAACGCAGUUAUGCUCCUCCGUCAAUUGACCAAAAUCAACUUCCUUUAGAAAAAAGGCAAGCUUUGGAACCGAUACAAAAUAGCACGCCGCUAGUAACUGCUUCUCCUAAUCCUUCUAUCUCAGACAGUCAACGUAGUGCUACUUAUGCAUCUCCGUUUACUCCUUGUAAGAGUCGAUCCGCCAAUUAUGGCCCCCCUUCUGCAGGUAUACCAGAAGAAUAUACUACGAUGACGGAUAGAAAUACGUUUACCAACUCACCUCAGCUAUGCCGUAACUAUCCUAACACCCAUCCUGCACCAUACUAUGCCCAACAUAAGGAUGUUACGCACCAUCCGGCGUCUGGAAAUUUUAACCUGGAAGAAUCAGAUGGCGCUUUUUCUCCUCAAACUUCCAUAAACAUGGACUUUGGAGACUUUUCUUCGGCUUCACGAAUGAUCAAUACCCCAGAAACUGCAGGGCAACAAGAUUACGUGGACAUCUACUCUUCCCCAUCAGUCUUCAGUCCCGAUCAUCAUUUUGUUGAUGAUGUAUCCAAAGGGAAUUUAUACAUGUCAUCUCGUCAGAGUACUUCUACUUCACAAAGUGAACAGCCGUCUGGCGUACAUGUUUCGCCUUCGCACAUGUGUGCCGGAGAUGAAUAUAAGACAUCAUCCUUACCGGACGCCUUUGAUUCAAACAAUGUAUACAAUGAUGGAGAUAAUUUUAUUCCGUCUUCCACUUUAGAAAAAGUGAAAGAAGAGGAUUACUUAAAUGAUGUUGACACUACAAACUUCAAUAGAAAUGAAUCCUCUUCUAAUUUAAACGCAGGCGUUCAAGAGAAAGGCCAAGAUCUUGGAAAUGCACGCUCUUCACCUCUGAAGUUCAGCGUAGAACAAGUUAGAAACCAUGGUGUAUCACCUACCCAGUCUCCUUAUAGAGUUUCCAGUCAAACAAAUAAAAAGAACUCUCAUAAUAUAGUCGAGAAAAAAUACAGGUCAAAUCUAAAUGACAAAAUUAAUGAACUACGAAAUGCAAUUCCCUCUCUACAAAGCCUGAGUUCUAAGAUUGGAUCAAGGUCCGAAGAUGGUAAAACUGUUAGCUUUAAUACAUCUAUCAGAAAGCUUAACAAAGCUACUGUUCUUUCUAAAGCCACUGAGUAUAUUCGUCAUUUGCGUUCCGAGAAUACGAGAUUGGUAGAAGAAAAUCAACACCUUCAAAAUCGUCUCUCUGAAUAUAUGAUGGCCGUUCAGCAGUCGCUAUCUGCUCCUUCCCAAUCAAAUCCUUUGCAUGAUUCAAAUAAGUAUUCUCAGCAAGGCACAAUGAAUUCUGGUAUCCCCAACGGACAACCUGUUUCAGUCGUCAAUAAUCAAUCAUUACCUCGAUAUGCGUAUGCUCCAACACCUCAUCCACCUAAAGUACCUGAUGUUUCGUCGGCCGGUAACUCUACUCACAACGAUACUCUUGGAUUGGUUGAUAAUAAUGCGUAUGCUUUUCACAGAGACGGUAUGAGUAAUGUACCUGAGAGUAGCAUUCCAGCUCACGAUUUGAGAAGGGCGCAGUCGCAAAAUUUUAACGAAUCUCAUAGUAAUGGUACUUUUCGCUCGGUGGGUAGAAAUAUGCUGGGCGGUUUAGCUGGCUUAGAAACAAUGCACUUAAUGGUAAAUCCUGAACAUAGCGGUAACCCGAAUUCAUUCUCUUUAUUUACGGUACCCAUUCUCCCUUCCAUUUUUAUGACGCUUAGGAUUUUCUUUAUACUUUCGGCAUGCUUAUGCUUUGUUUUACACUAUGUAUAUAAUUCCAAAAUGAAUUCUGGCAAAGGGUUGACUCUUGUGUAUAGACGCCUAAGAAUGGAAAUCUUAUUUUUGAGUUUUCUCUUUUUUUCUUCGUCUUAUCGCGACUGGUGCAAUUAUUACAGAUUACGAAAAAAUAUGUUUGAAAGCUUGGAUUUGGAAUCUGGGGUUCUUCAAAAAUCACAGGUUGGAGAUAUUUGAAGAAAAGUCAUCUUCAACUGCUUUGUUCUACUUGCUGUACAGCUUUUGAAUAUAAGCGUAUAAUUAUAUUUCAUGACUACUACAGAAUUAGUUUUGCGUCGUCGAUCGAGGUGCUUUUGACGAUACAACUAUGGUGUUUUUUAUCUAUAUCAAUGUGUUCUUUAUUUAUUUUCUGCAUCGUUUGUAGGGAUCCUGGAUGCUGCUUUAAUAUUUGUUUUCAAGCAAUGGCUUGCAAUUGGUUGAGUAAUAUAUUCUUGUGUAUAUAUUUUUACUGAUUAAUACGUGGAUAAAAGAUUGGAUUGUUAUUAUGCUUCGUUGUUCUGUUUUGUGAGGUUUAAGUUGUCAAUAGAGUAUUCCUGAAGAAGUAUCGGGUUCAUCUUCCCAAUUGGAACGUGUUAAUUAUUCCUAUUUAAACGGCAUGUUCAUUGCAAUUACGUUUAAACAAUUCUUGUGGAUAAAUAGAAAUACAACAUUAAAUCUUGAUUAUUUGGUAAUGUUAUACAAGGUUACUAGUUCAUUUACAGACUAAAUCAAAGUAAUGUCUUCUUCGGUA